AUGCUGAGCGGGUCAUCGAUUGAGAAGUUGGAGCUCGUCGGAGAAGCGGAGAGUCGUACUACUGCCGUCGAAGCUCGGAGCUGGAAACCAUGGGAGACCUUUCACAACUGCAAUCAUCAAGUAAAAAAAAUCGUCAUAGAACAUGGUCAUCCUUUGUAUGUGCACCCAUCGGACACAUCGGGAUGUGUUUUAGCAUCGGUGAAACUCACCGGAUUUGGAAAUUAUGGAGUGUGGAGUCGAGUUAUGAGGAUCUCCCUUCUAGCUAAGAAGAAGCUAGGGUUCGUGACUGGUACAUGCACGAAGGAGUCAUUCGACGAAUCGCUUCAUGAACAGUGGGAGACGGUGAAUGCGAUUGUGCUUUCGUGGAUCAUGAACACAGUAUCAGAGAGAUUGUUGAGCGGGAUCAUGUAUGCGUCAAAUGCACACUUAGUCUGGGAGGAUCUAAAGGAAAGCUUUGACAAGGUAAAUCGAGUGCGAAUUUUUCAAGUACACACAACUAUUGCAAAUGUCAAACAGAGAAUAAGUCCAGUGUCAGUGUAUUUCUCUAGAUUGAAGGAGUUGUGGAGUGAAUCCGAUUUGAUAGCUCCUUCUCCAAACUGUGGCUGUCCAAAGUCUAGGGACUAUAUUGAGUAUCUACAAGAGCAAAGGUUAAUGCAAUUUUUGAGUGGUUUGAAUGAAUCAUAUGAUCAAGCUAAGCGGCAAAUUCUGAUGAAGUCCAAUGCACCAUCUGUGAAUCAAGCCUAUGCUCUAAUAGUGCAAGAUGAAAGUCAACAGGUAAAUGUUAAAAAAUCCAAUCCCAUAGCAAUGCAAGCCAAAAGAAAUGACAACUAUAAGGGAAGCAAUUCAAUAUAUUGUGAGAACUGUCACAUGCGAAACCAUACAAAGAAGGAGUAUUACAAACUUGUUGGAUAUCCUUCAGAAAGGGAUGGCAGAGCCAACAGAAAGGUGAAAUGUACUUAUGAUAGCUACAGGAAAGAUAACAACAAUCGUGAAGGAUGGAAGAAGGAUAGAUACAGAAAAAGGUACAAGAAGGAUAACAAUGAAGGAUGGAGAAAGAAAGCACAUGCUGUAGUGGCUAAUAAUGCAGAUUGUUUUCAAGGAAAAUAUGUAGAUAAGAAUGAUAAUGGGGUCAGUAUGCUGAUGAUAACAGAAGAGGUGAUAGCAAGAGUAAUCAUUAUGAUUCAGAAAAUCAGUACAAGCAUCAUGGAAGUGACUCUGAAGAAUAUCAAGCCCAUAUGA